AUGCCACCUCGUCGUCGAGAACGAAAUGUGUCAGAUUUGAAUGCAACCAAUAAUGGGAGGGAAGCAAAUACGAGUUCUUCCGAAGUACUACGAGCAACAGCGCAUCAACUUAUAGACGAUCUCACACAGAAUCCUUCGGGUCGUCAACGUAACAAUAGUGAAGGAGGAUGCACUUUCAAACAAUUUAAUAGUACCCAUCCCCCCACUUUUGAUGGAAGAAGUGAUUCCAAUGCAGCUGAAGAUUGGAUGCAGGACAUUGAAGAGAUAUUUAGUGUUUUGGAGUGCACCGAUCAACAAAAAGUUCGAUUUGCAGCUUUUAAAUUAAUCGGAGAAGCGAAGAGAUGGUGGAACUCUGAGAAAGCCAUCAGAGAAGCUGAUGGAACUGGAGUAGUGAGCUGGCCUCACUUUAAGCAAAACUUCUUCGACCGUUUCUUUCUGAGGGCAGACAGGGAAGCUAGAGCCCGAGAGUUUGCUAACUUGGUGCAAGGGACCAUGACGGUACGCCAGUAUGCUGCAAAAUUUGCAGAGUUAUCACGUAUCGCCCCAUAUUUGAUCCCGGAUGAAGAGAAGAAGGCCAGGAAAUUUGACGAAGGCCUGAAUUUCCAAAUAUAUGAACGAGUAAUGGUCCUGCAGAUUCAGAGUUUUUCGGAGAAAGAAGCGGGACUAUGUUACCGUUGUGGCAAAUCGGGUCACUAUCUCAGGGACUGCCCUUUGCAAUUGGAUAGCAACAGGCCACCACCACCACCUAGGGCAGAAGGGACAGCUCGAGGCAACAUCCAGCGUACUACUGCACCUGCAAGAGUCUUUGCCCUGACACCUGGAGAGGCUGAAGAUAAGAAUGAUGUGAUCACAGGUACUCUUUCGUUGUUUUCUAAUAAUGCGACUGUGUUAUUUGAUUCGGGAGCUACACAUUCGUUGGUUUCUAUGGCAUAUGCUCGAUUUUGCACCUUAGAAACCAAAAAGUUAAAGUCCAAGUUACUAGUCGCGACCCCAACAAGAAAUUCGGUAGUCUGUGACGAGUUUCUACCAGGGUGUCCUAUAACAAUUGGGGGAAGAUUGAUGCCAGCAGAUUUAAUAGUGUUCAACAUGAUCGGGUUUGAUGUAAUUUUGGGUAUGGAUUGGCUAGCUCGCUACCAAGCCAGCAUAGACUGUUUUAAAAAGGAAGUGAUUUUUAGACCCCCAAAAGAAAGUGAAUUUCGGUUCACAGGUUCGAAAGUGAAGAUGCAUCCACCCAUCAUAUCCGCCGUUCAAGUUGGAAAAUUGUUACAAGAUGGUUGUCAAGGAUUCUUAGCCUGUGUGGUAGAAGCACCAAAAGAGGAGUUGAAGAUAGAGCAGAUACCCGUUGUGAGGGAAUAUCCAGUGGUUUUUCCAGAAGAUUUACCUGGGCUCCUGCCCGAGCGGGAGGUAGAGUUUGCCAUUGAACUAGUCCCAGGCACAACACCCAUUUCAAAAGCACCUUACCGGAUGGCACCGUCUGAAUUAGUGGAACUCAAGGAGCAAUUGCAAGACUUGUUGGACAAGGUUUCAAAAGAUGGCAUUUUAGAGGACUUGGGAAAAGUGGAGGCAGUGGUUAAUUGGCCGACACCGAAGAAUGUUCAUGAGGUCAGAAGUUUCUUGGGAUUGGUGGGUUAUUACCGUUGA